GUCAAAAUGAAUUCCAAACUAUUAUAUUUCUUCGCCACGGUCCUGGUGUGUGUCAACGCAGAAGUUUAUUCGGAGUACGAAGAAGGAUAUCCAGUUAGCGGUCAGUUUUCAAAGCGACACCCGCGUGACGUCACCUGGGACAAACAAGUGGGGGGAGGGAAGGUCUUCGGCACUUUGGGCCAAAACGAUGAUGGGCUUUUUGGUAAAGCUGGUUACAACAAAGAGAUCUUCAAUGACGACCGCGGCAAAUUGACCGGGCAGGCUUACGGCACCAGGGUUCUGGGGCCUGCAGGGGACAGUACAAACUACGGUGGACGUCUAGACUGGGCCAAUAAGAAUGCAGAAGCUGCUAUUGAUAUAAAUAGACAGAUCGGAGGCAGAUCUGGAAUGACAGCCACAGGUUCAGGAGUGUGGGACCUUGACAAGAACACCCGCAUCUCAGCUGGCGGUAUGGUCUCGAAGGAAUUCGGUCACAGAAGACCAGACGUCGGCGUCCAGGCAGAGUUCCGUCAUGAUUGGUGAUCAAGAAUAUCCCAUCAAGAAAUCAUAGAUCUAAACAAUAAUCUUUUGCCAAAGAAAUCGAUACUUUCACUCUGCAUUUUUUUAAAUUACUAAGAACUGAAUCAAAUUUUAGAAUUAUUAUAAUUAAAGUUAUAUAUUUUAGUCAUAAAUUAUUUGGAUAAUGUAAGUAAA